ACAUAACCCGACUCCGAUCCAAGUCGGUUGUCCAGCUCCGAAAGAUCCAGAACCCGACUCCGACCCGACACCACUUCCAACGCGCGCACGGUGCACCACAAGACAGAGAAUCAUUCCCCAAUCGUACGCAACAAUUUUCCCCCCAAACCUGAAAUUGGAAUUAUAUAAUUCCGUAAUUUCGAUCUCAAAAUUUGCAUAUUCCAAAAUCAAAUCGCAUAACUCACUCUCUCUCCUCUGUGAGAAACACGCAGAACACACAGUAAGAUGCCGAUAGAGAUGCCGAAGGGGCUUCCAUUUUCCGUCGAUACAUGGACGCCUUCUUCAAAGAUGAAGAUGCACCAUUUCCUCACCCACGCGCAUAAGGACCACGCGCAGGGGAUCGCCGCCCACGCUUCUUACCCUAUCUACUCUACUCUCCUCACCAAAACCCUCCUCCUCCAAUACUACCCUCAGCUUGAUGAAUCGAUGUUUGUCGGUAUUGAGAUUGGGCAAUCGUUGGUUCUUGAGGGCUCCGAUGGUGAUUUUGUGGUCUCGGCUUUCGAUGCCAAUCAUUGCCCAGGAGCUGUGAUGUUUCUGUUUGAAGGAAAUUUUGGCAACAUUUUGCACACUGGAGAUUCCAGACUAACCCCCGAGUGUUUGCUAAGUUUACCGGACAAGUACAUUGGCAAGAAAGACAAAGAACCAAGGUGUCCACUUGAUUAUGUCUUUUUAGAUUGCACAUUCGGCCAAUUUCCUUUGAAGAUGCCCAGCAGGCACACUGCAAUUCGGCAGAUUAUCAAUUGCAUAUGGAAACACCCUGAUGCCCGUACGGUUUAUUUGACAUGCGAUCUUCUAGGUCAUGACGAGAUACUUCUAGAGGUGUCUCGAACAUUUGGCGAGAAGAUAUAUGUCGAUAAAUCCAAACAUUCAGAAUGCUUAAAAUCUCUCGAACUUAUAGUCCCUGAGAUCAUAUCACAAGAUCCAUCUUCCCGUUUCCAGCUAUUCGAUGGAUUUCCGAAACUAUAUGAAAGAGCUGAAACAAUGUUAGCUGAGGCUCGGGCCAAUUUCCGGCCAGAACCUCUUAUUAUACGCCCUUCGUCACAGUGGUAUGCUUGUGACAGUGUUUCUGAUAUAGAAAAGCAAAGAAAAGGAAGAGUAGACCAAGCUGUUAGAGAUCUUUGUGGUGUUUGGCAUGUCUGUUACUCAAUACACUCGUCAAAAGACGAAUUGGAAUGGGCCCUGCAUCUUCUUGCGCCUAAAUGGGUAAUUUCAACAACACCUAAUUGCAGGGCUAUUGAGCUUGAUUAUGUUAAAAAGCACUGUUUCAAUAACCGAAGAGCUUUUAGUGACUCGCUCCAGAAACUUUUAGAUAUAAGUGCAGUAGCAUCUGUAGGACCAGAUGAGCCAGUGAACAUUUUGAGCUGCUCAAAUGUGGUGGAGAAUAUCGCCGUUAGCUGUGUAGAAACCCAAUCUGAACCAAUUGUCAUAUCCAGACACCAGAGAAAACGACUUAGUUUAUCUCCCCCAAGCAAAAGACCCAUGGUCACAUUGUUUGGGAGAGCAAGGCUUGGGCCUCAUAAUUCUAGUUUCCAACACGAACAGCCAACGAGUUGUGAUUACGCAGAGAGAGCAUCAAUUGAAACAGAAGAUGUGUCUUUUCAGAAAGAGGCCACUGAAGUGGAAUUUGAAGAGCUUUUGGAAAUAAAGAGAGAGGCUGAUAUUGAAGUUACAAAAUGCACUUGUAUUGAUAUAAAUUCAGAGACACAAACAUUUGAUGCUAUUUCGCCUAUUAUCUCGUCGAAUAGCUAUGGCGAAAAUUUAAGAAAGUCCUACAGGUCUAUGAAUGUGCCAGUACCUCGGCGUCUUCCCUCCCUUGUGAGACUUGUGGAUGCCAAAAAUUCUGCAAGGAAGAGGAUAUAAGACUGCAGGUAUGUAAAGCUUUGUACAGCAAAUAUAUUCUUACUAUUCUUAAUUGCUGACGUGAUCGGCAAAUACGAGAUUGUGAAUAUUCUUUGUAUGAAAUAAUUCUUUGAGACCAGUACCUUAUGGUUGGGUGGUACUAAUUACAUUCUUGUGGUGAGAGGUUUUUGGGGUCGAUCUCAGGUGUGUGCGUAUGCAUUGUAAGGCCAUUUAUAAGGUCAAUCUUUUAAUAAAAAAUUAAAUUCUUUAUGGAUUAUCUAU